CCCUGGGGGAGGUGGUCCUCCAGGAACUCCCAUCAUGCCUAGCCCCGGAGACUCUACGAACUCGAGUGAAAACAUUUACACGAUGAUGAACCCUAUAGGCCCCGGGGGCAACCGACCGAACUUCCCGAUGGGACCAGGUCCUGACGGGCCGAUGGGGGGGAUGGGCUCCAUGGAGCAGCACCAUAUGAACGGAUCACUAGGGUCAGGUGACAUGGAUGGGUUGCCAAAGAAUUCCCCCAACAACAUGGCCGGGAUGAACAAUCCGCCCGGAACCCCGCGUGACGACGGAGAGAUGGCAGGCAACUUUUUAAACCCAUUCCAAAGUGAAAGUCCCCUGGGAAUGGCCCUGGAAGGCAGGACUCCCCUCAAGGGGCCCCACCACAAUGCCUGCAAAAUGGGGGUGAGAACAUGAAACGGCCUCCAAGCAGCAGGGAGGGUCUCGGGGUCCGGAGUCUACCCGCCGGAGAGGCCUCAACAUCGGGGCACCUCCCGGCCCGCUCCCCUGGCUCCUCCUGUCCCUUCCGUUCCUCGGCCCGUCUCGCUGGGCGGCUUCAACGGCCCGUAUCAAGGGGGUGUCCUGAGGCCACCUCCCACCCACCACCCCCACCAGCCCCCCCACCCCCUCCACCACCUCCACCACCUCCACUCUCCCAUGUACUCUAUCGACCGUCACGUGAAUGAGGGGUUAUACAGUAGUUGACUGAAACGAGGGGUUAACAUCUGGAAGGAAAGAAAAAGCCCUUGCUCAAAAACUCGAAAAAAAAAGAAAAAAAAUGGUAAGAAUGGUGUUUUGACUAAACGUUUGUAUUAUGGUUGAUUAUGUUAUUAUAAUUGUAAUAUUUUUUUUAUUAUGUAGUUUUGAUUUUCCUGUUAAGGGCACAUUGUAUCUCAGCAGCACCGGCGACAACGGCACAAUAAGCACACACUAAAAAUGCACAAUGAUAUUUCUGUUUACAUGAUGUCAGUUAAUGUUUAUUUGUUUCUGUGUGUCCGACUUCAUGCUUAUACGUCCCCUUGCGUUUACCUAAGGAUCCAUUAGACACAGUCUUUGCCAUUUGAAAUAAAACAGAAAUCAUGAGUUAUUUAAAGUAUGAGCAUAAGAAAAUGUAUAAUCUACUCUCCUUGAAGAACCGGUUUAAUUUAGCUAAAUACCAGAAUCCUUGAAACAGGAUCUUAUUAACAAAAUACCUGAGUUUCUUUGUUUUAUAGUGGAGGUUGAUAAACCUGAAGAUCAAUCUUCUUAGUAUCAAGCCAAUUCAAAUUAAUUUACAGAUUACAUUUUUAACUCUUUGGCAAUGGACUGUUAGAAUUAAAUUCCCAGUAUGAUUUUCCCGAGAAGUUGCUUUCAAUAUUUCUGCAUGUCUUCUCAUCUGCCCAUUGGUCAGGUCAUUAAUAACUUGUAAAUGGUCAGAGAGAUACUUCAGAAACGUGCAUCCUCUUACGUUGUACUUGCCUGUACUGUAAAUAUAGACCUAUUUAGCUUUGUAUUGUGGUCGUCUCAUUUAAAAAAAAAAAAAUUUACAUCUUGUCUGUGAAUCAUGAAAUAUGUACAUCUUCAUCCUUCACCAUUGUAUUGUUCUUAUUUUAACGCUCAUCAAAGAGGGCUUGUCACCAUGAUUUAACCCAGUCGCUCGAACCCCUGGCUGGUGUCUUCUUCUACUGUGAACUCCUGCUGAAGCCUGCUGCCCUGCGUUGGGUCAAGUUGUGGCUCAGCUCCCUAUGCUACCAACUCCCCCAGCCCCAGUGAUCUGACCCCAGGGUGCCCAGUCCCGGGUGAUGAACAGGUUUCUGUGUCCCGGUGGCAUUGAGCAGCAUAGGCUAUUCUGAGGGCAAAGGGAUGGUGCUGCAUCUGCUCUAUCUUACAUGGAAGAUAAUAACUCUUUGGUUUUUGGCUGGGUGGAAUUCUGAGUCCUUCCUUUUGUCAUUUUUUAUGCUUUCUGCUUUUGUGUUGUUUAUCUAUAUUUAAAUGUGUUUGCAAUUCAAGAGGAAAAAAAAACUGUUCUACGGAAAAAGAGAAUGAAAGAAGCAACGGAAUCUGUACACAAGGACACAAACGUUAGCGGGAAGAACGAAACCGUGGUAGCCUCUGUCGGUUUGGUGACAUACGAUUUGAGAUGAAUGGGAUGAUAUUGGGAGAUGAUCACGGACAUCUCCGGGGUGUCACUGUCAGUGGCCAGGGAAGCCUUCUCCUCUGUUCCUUGAUUGUACUUCCCCCCCCCCCCCCCCCCCCCCCCCCCCCCACACACACACCCUCCACCCAAUCCUAAUCGCCCCUUCCCCUUAUAUUAUUUUUAUUUACUAUUUUUGUAAAUACUGUAUAAUGCAUUUUGAUAUCAUUGACAUGUUUUGAUAUGUCAGUCACUACCAAUGAAUACAGCUUAAAGUAAAUUAUAAAUAAACUGUCCAUGUUUUUUUGUUUUUUUCAUAAUAGAGAAACAAUACGCUUAAAAUUACUUUUUUUUUUUUGCUUUGUAUUUUUCGGGCGGGGUAAAAACGUUUUAAGUUGAAAAUGUAUAAAACACAGUGACAUUAUAAAUGGAAUCUCUAUUCUUUGCAUUUAUGGUGGAGCAAAAUGAAAUGCUGAACCGCCACCGGGUUUUGUAAGAAGGGAGAGAGGUGAAAUGAAGAUGUUUAAAUACUCGUAGCCUCGGCGUUCUCCCCCCGCUCACCUCCAGGCUGCGCUGUUUCCUAGCGCUUUUUGAAAUGAUAAUUUUACGAUUUUUUUUUUUCAAAGGCCUUCAACUUGGGGAUAAAAAACUAGAACAAAAAAAAACACAUGUGACCACAUAUGACAGUUUUUAAUAUGAAGGAUUUUUAUCAAUUUAAGAGUAAAAAACAUAUAAAAAAGGAAAAAAUAACUUAGAAAAACUUGUUUUAAAUUAACAAUAGAUCACAAAGUAAUACUUAUGGGGAAAAACUGUGUUCUUUGCUAUUCACUCUUGUAAUAGCCUUGUAUAGAUUGAUGCUCUCUCACAAUCCUCUCUCAGUCCUCUGUGUAUAUCAAUUGUCGCCCAUCUCUGUACUUCUAUUGUGAUGUAUAAUACUGUACCAUUAGGGAGACGCGCUCCGUGGGUGGGGGGUGUGUGGGGGGGGGGGGGGGGGGGGGGGGGGGGGGGUGUUGGGGGGGGGGGGGGGGGGUUCAGGAGGAUGGUUAUACGUCACCCUCCUGCACCUGUGAUGGUCAUUUUCUGAUGACAUGGCAGUAUUCAAUAUGAAGCAGUCUGUCCCUUGGGUUUGCUUUGUAUUUCAUGGUAGGGUAGUUCAGAAUCUUGUCUUAGGGACUUAGGUGUCUUGUGUAGGUAAUAAAGAUGUCCUUUGUAUGUUUCUUUAUAUUGUAAAGUUUCUUUAGACUGAAAGAAAAAACGGAUAAUUUGCUUAUCAAAAAAAGAAACAAUGCAUCAAUAAUAAAUGUCAAUUGAUUUUU